UUCCUCCACCUAACUGGAAUCAUUGGUAGGAGCCAGGGACAUGCUCCUGGCCAGAGGCCGUUGUGGCUAGUGCUGGGGUGGGGGUGGGGUCCAGAGAAAGGACCCAUCCCUCCUGAGGGUAGGUCUGGGGUCUCAGGGUCGAGAUGUCCCCAAGACCAGACUGUUUAUUUAUUUUUAAGAUUUUAUUUAUUUGAAAGGCAGAGAGACAGAUCUUUCAUCUGCUGGCUCACGCCCCAAGUGGCUGAAGCCAGGAGCUUCAUCAGCGUCUCCCACAUGGGUGCUGGCCGCUGCAGCACGUGGCCACCUCCCUGCUUUCUCAGGCCAUCAUCUGGGAGCUAGAUGAGAAGUGGAGCUGCCCACAUGGGAUGCUGGCAUCACAGCACCGUGGCUUUGCCCGCUGCCCCAGCCCCCAGAUCUGUGUUUUGCUGAACCCUUAAUCUCUUAGUCUGGGGUCUUAGGUUUCUGUAAUUCGUGUGUGUGUUUGUUAAUCUCAGGAUGUUAUUUUGUGAGUCACUGUAGUUCACCGUCAGCUCAUUAAUUAGUUCUUCAACUUAUUCCUGCAUUAAUCAAUCAUGGGCUCAGUGCACAGGUUGAGUUAGCUGGAAUCAAUGUGCUAAGUUGGUAAUCUGUCUGCACAUCUGUUGUUCCCGCAGUGAAUCUGGAACUAUCCGGAACUCUCGCCUCCACGCACAGCCACUGAGAACCACCCGGGUGGGCUUUCUGUCCUCAGCACCUGUGGGUGGGGCUGUGCUGCCUUAGCCUUCUCCAGUGGGAAGUGCUGCCUCUCCUCCAAUCCAGCAGAGGGGCACAGUGCGACCAGGGCCUGACGCAGCGCAUGUGUCACACAGGGGACGUGUGUGACAUGAGAGCAUGUGUGUGUCCAACCACGCCACAGGCAGGCAAAACAAAACACGAAGGGCACCAGGGGCAGCCAGGACAGCCUGGAUGACCUGAAGGCAGCACUGAGCACAGGGUGCACCUGCUGAGUGCGGCUGGGCUUCGGCCAGACUCUGAUGACCCCCAUGCCUGCUGACAGAGAAGGUGGGGCCUCUGGGGAGUGACCAUCGACUCGGCUGCUGAGUGGCCAAAUCACAGCGGCCCUCGCAGGAGAGCCCACAGAAGCGACUGCUCCCUCCACGCGGGGCGACCUGCUCACCAGGCGUCCCGACACCCUGUCAGAUGCUGGGUCAAUAGGGCCCCCAGUCUUGGCCUGUGACCUUCCAAAUCCUAGGCAGAAAAACCCUCUUCCUCCCUAAGGGGCUGCUCUCCAGGACUUUAGUUCAAGUAGCACAAGGCUGGCGCCACGGCUCACUAGGCUAAUCCUCCGCCUUGCGGCGCCGGCACACCGGGUUCUAGUCCCGGUCGGGGCGCCGGAUUCUGUCCCGGUUGCCCCUCUUCCAGGCCAGCCCUCUGCUGUGGCCAGGGAGUGCAGUGGAGGAUGGCCCAGGUGCUUGGGCCCUGCACCCCAUGGGAGACCAGGAAAAGCACCUGGCUCCUGGCUCCUGCCAUCGGAUCAGCGCGGUGCGCCGGCCGCAGCGUGCCGGCCGCGGCGGCCAUUGGAGGGUGAACCAACGGCAAAGGAAGACCUUUCUCUCUGUCUCUCUCUCUCACUGUCCACUCUGCCUGUCAAAAAAAAAAAAUAGUUCAAGUAGCACAAAGCUGGCCAGUAGGUAUCUGAGCGAGAGCCACACCCCCAGGCAGAAGCAAACGCACCUCCCCACGCCUGCUGGGCACGCGCUUCCCAGAACAUUCUGUCACUGUUAGAAAUGAGCCUGUGUGGGGGAGGGGCCUGAGGAGCACAGCACCUGCAGAAGCCCCCCUUGGAAGCAGCCCAGGACUCACAAAGUCCUGCCCAGACCCGGGUAACUUCCAGGUGGUCUCAGCCCUCCCACCAAGGGAAGCUCCCAGGAGCACCCCUCUCCUCCGCCUGGCCUGAUAACACUGAGCAGUAAAACCAUCUCAGCCUUCCUCCGAGGCAGGCACCGAGGAGGCCUCUCUGCCCUGCGGGGGCUCCCCCGUCUGACAGCACUGAGCACUGAUACGGGGAAGAAUUGCUCCUGAUUCACACUCACUCCUUUGUCCUGGAGGAAGAGGGAGAGGGAAAGGAGAAACGCUGGCCCUCCAUGACUGAGCAGGGACUGCACGCCUGGCACUCAGCUCUCUGCUGAGCCACCACCUGGCCUGCAGGUGCGUCCUCUCCAUUCAACCGAGUCACCUUCCUUUCCCCAGUCUGCGUGGCCCGGCUCUCUCUCGGAUUCUGUCCCAUCCGUUCUGACGGAUGCCCUCCCCCGUUCAACCUCGCUACCUUGCCUAUCACUGUUCUCCGUGGUGAAGAACCUCCACCUGUCACCAUGUCACACUUAACCACGUGUGCUGUGGGGCACACUUGGCUCUGCCUCCGAUUCUGGCCUCCUGCUGAUGCAGCUUGGGAGAGAGCAGGUGACGGCCCAAGUGCUUGGGGCCUUGCCACUCAUGUGGGGAACCAAGAGGGAGUUCUUGGCUCCUGGUUUUGGCCUGGCCCAGCACUGGCUGUUUUGGGUGUUUGGGGAGUGAACUAGUGGACGGAACGUAUCUCUCUCACCUCGGUGUUUCCAUCAGCCCUUGGAAGCCACACGCCCUGCUGAGACAGCUGGGAGACACCCUCCUGGUGGGCCUCAGCUGCACAGAGAGUGGCAGGGAGUGAGGACUGGACACCCUGGCUGUGGGAGCCAGGCAAGCACUGGGCCUCGGGGACCUUGCUGGGAACCAGGGGGGAAGAGGGGCCUGUUUCUCAAUCCUACAAAAACGAGGAUUUGCAGGUCCCUUCUCCACGGGCUGCUGCUCAUCCCGUGACCCCCACCCAACUGUCCCCUGGCCUGGACCCUCAGGAGCCAGGAGGGGCCAUUGUUGAGGAGCAGAGCAGAGCCCCAGCCUGGGCUCCUGAGAAUCCAGGGAGGCUGCUAGGAGGAGGCGGCCCCUGGGGGGCUCCCCACAGCCCUCCCCGCCUCUUCAAGGAGUCCCCACGCUGUGCACAGGCUGAGGGGCUGUGGGGAUGGAGUGCAGGUUCAGAACUCCCCAAAACAAUGAACAGUCAGCAGCCCUGUGACCCCUGCACUGCAGGGCCCUAGCUGACCAUGCGUUCUUGAAUUUGACAGCACCUUGUAGGGGCCGGGUAGUGCCUCCUCCUGGCUUCUGCUGGGGUCUCUGCUGAGACCAGGACCCCCCCACCCCAACACAGCCGGGCAGACAAGUCACCACUGACUCGCGGCUCCGGCUGGGUGGGUGGUGGCUGCUGGGCUCCCAGGGCUGGCGCUGGGACUUGAGCUGGCUGGGCUGGGGACACCAGCAUCACCCUGGGACACGCGUGUCCUGUGGUUGGAAAUGGGACAAGGCCGCACGGCACAGAACACAGGAGGGGGCACAUUCUGCAAUUGGAGACAGUUCUGAAGUGGGGGUGCUGAGGCAGAGCCCUGGACCCUGCAGGGCCCACAGAGGGAGCUGGGCCCAGGAAGUAGCCCCGGCCACUGCUGCACCUGGAAGUCUGGGAAAGGCAGCCCCGGGUGUGGCUGGUGGUCAGCUGCCUGGGCCGGAGGGACCAGGGUUAUGUGCGGAGGAGCCUGGUCCUCCCUUUCUCUGCCUCCCACCCCUCUCAGCACACCCCCUCUUCUCCAAUGGGCUCUUCACAGAGCCCAGCAGUGGCCUCCCUGGGCGGGGUUCUGACUGGGAGGAAGGCACAGGCAGUCGGGGGAAGGGCUGCAGGAGUCUGAGCCGCCUGGGCCUGCCUCCCUUGGACUCCCACAGUCAGUGGGUUCCACUGUGCGUGGUCGGAGGGCUUCGGUCAGCGUCUGCCUUUGCCCAAACAUGCCAGUCACUCUCGGUCUGCCAUGUGCCUGGUGCACCUUGUUGUGAGUUUGCACGUGUGUGGCCCUGUGUUCACGCCUCCCUGUGAAUGUGCAUUCCUGAGCUUUCGUGUGUCCCCUGAUUGCACACAGGUGACCCCGAGUUUCAGCUGCGGUGAAGUGUGGAGGUGAGAAGGAGACGGGGGCAGCUCGGGACACUCGAGUCCUGGGGCGUCCGUCCGCUCUCGCUUCUCCUGAGUCACCAGGUAUCCUAGCGACGCGGCUUCCAGUUGCCUAGCAACCAGGUCCCAUCCUGGAGAAGGAUGCUGUGAGCUGGGUCUCUCUGGGUGGGGAGGGGUCUGACCCACCUUCAAAGCCCAGGCAGAGAGGACAGACAUGUGACGGGGGGCUGGCCACCCAGCUGCGCCGUCACCCAUGCAGCCUUGACCGUAGCUGUUCCUUUGAUUGGACUGUGCACAUGGCCGUGGGAGCUGAUCAGUUGUGUGAGACAUCUGUGGGACCUCCAGUGACAACCAGACCCAGGCUCCACCCUGUCUGAGGCAGGUCGCUCCUGUGCGGGAGGGCAGCAUGGGUGGCAUGGCCAGGUGCAGGGGGUAUUCUGCAGCUUGGGCUUGUGAUGGGAUUAGCUGGCCGUAGGCACAGAGGCACACAGUGGGCACGGUGCCAGCAUCCUGGACCCAGGCAUCCUGCUGUUUGCCAGGCUCUGGAACGCUGAGGCCUGGCCAGGCUGAGGGCCCAAAGAGUCUGCUGUGAGCACAGAAUGACAAUUAAGGCACGUUGGGGCCUCCGCCUGCCCUGUCUUUGUGUGCGAGAUGCCACACACAGCUGUGUGCCUUUUCCAUUUCCCUGUGAGUCCUGUCCCAUGUGUGUCCUAUGCAUGUGUCCUGUGCACGUCUGUCCCGGGUCCCGUGCGUGUCUGUCCUGUGUUUGUGCUGUGUCUUGUCUCUGGCUCUAUGGACCUGUUGACGUCUCUGCCCUGCGAUCCGCCUGGGAUCUGUGGGUUUGAGCCUCAUUGUUCAUCUCCUUAUGGCCUGGCCCUGUGUCUCUCCCUGUCCUUGGGGGCCCAGGUGACCCACUUUCCCUGUGGCCCCCUCCUCCAGCCUGCGAAGCCCCGCCCCCUCUGGAGCUGCAGCCUCCUCCCCCUCCCCCGCUCCUGGCUGCCGCACUCCUUGCUGCGUCGCUGGCGCCUGGCGUCUGCGGAGAAGGAGCAGCCGCCACAGCCUCACCCGGAGCCUACCAGGCCGGCACGCGAGGAGGGGCCCCUUCACCCUCUCUGCACCUGCCCCGGCUGCCCGGAGCCACAGGCCGGGGUCUCCGUUCCCAGCUCCCGAGGAGGUUGCGGAGGUGCUGAGAGAUGGAGUCCCUGUUCCCUGCUCCGUUCUGGGAGGAGCUGUACGGCAGCCACCUUCAGGGCAACCUGUCUCUCCUGAGCCCCAACCACAGCCUGCCGCCCCCCCACCUGCUGCUCAACUCCAGCCACGGAGCCUUCCUGCCCCUGGGGCUCAAGGCCACCAUCGUAGGGCUCUACCUGGCUGUGUGCGUCGGGGGCCUGCUGGGAAACUGCCUCGUCAUGUACGUCAUCCUCAGACACACCAAGAUGAAGACGGCCACCAACAUCUACAUCUUCAACUUGGCCUUGGCCGACACGCUGGUCCUGCUGACCCUGCCUUUCCAGGGCACCGAUGUCCUGCUGGGCUUCUGGCCAUUCGGGAACGCCCUGUGCAAGGCCGUGAUUGCCAUCGACUACUACAACAUGUUCACCAGCACCUUCACCCUGACGGCCAUGAGUGUGGACCGCUACGUGGCCAUCUGCCACCCGAUCCGCGCCCUGGACGUCCGCACUUCCAGUAAGGCCCAGGCCGUGAACGUGGCCAUCUGGGCCCUGGCCUCUGUGGUUGGUGUUCCGGUUGCCAUCAUGGGCUCGGCACAGGUUGAGGAUGAAGAGAUCGAGUGCCUGGUGGAGAUCCCCACCCCCCAGGACUACUGGGGCCCGGUGUUUGCCGUCUGCAUCUUCCUCUUCUCCUUCAUCAUCCCCGUGCUCAUCAUCUCCGUCUGCUACAGCCUCAUGAUCCGGCGGCUCCGCGGUGUCCGCCUGCUCUCAGGCUCGCGCGAGAAGGACCGGAACCUGCGGCGCAUCACGCGGCUGGUGCUGGUGGUGGUGGCCGUGUUCGUGGGCUGCUGGACGCCCGUGCAGGUCUUCGUGCUGGUGCAGGGGCUGGGCGUCCAGCCGGGCAGUGAGACAGCCGUGGCCGUGCUGCGCUUCUGCACGGCUCUGGGCUACGUCAACAGCUGCCUCAACCCCAUCCUCUACGCCUUCCUGGACGAGAACUUCAAGGCCUGCUUCCGCAGGUUCUGCUGCGCGUCCGCCCUGCGCCGGGAGAUGCAGGUGUCGGACCGUGUGCGCAGCAUUGCCAAGGACGUGGCCCUCGCCUGCAAGACCUCGGAGACAGUGCCGCGGCCCGCAUGACUAGGCGUGGACCUGCCCAUGGUGCCCGUCAGCCCCCAGAGCCCGUCCACACCCAACACGGAGCUCACGCAGGUCACUGCUCUCUAGGCUGACCCCCGAGCCCUGCGUGUCUGCAGCCUCGGGUGGGCUUUGCCUUUGGCCCAGGCUUGCUUGGUCCAGGACCUGGUGACAUCAUGGGACGGGUCAGAGCAUGAGGCUGCCUCCAUGGCCUCCACCAGACUGAGCCGCUCUCCUGGUGCUGGGCUGCGGCACUUGAGACUGCCCACACCAGACAGGGGCCCACGCGCACCUUCCCGGCUACGUGUCCCUCAUCCUCGGCCUCUGCCCUGCAGAGUCAACUGCGUGCGUGCACUGGGCACACGCCUGGAGGUGGGACAGCAGCUUCACAGUCGUGUGCACCCUGUGUGUCGAGUGAUGUCUGCAUUGCCUUCAGCCUUGUGGCCACUGGACCGGCUUGGUGCUGCCCAGGGAGAGCAGUGGGCAGCGCUUCUCUGAGCUCGGAGCCACCACCGGGAGCACCUGCCUGUUCUGCCUGCGCCUGUGGCACCAGGGACCCUCGGGGUGUCCAGGCGGGCUGUUAGCCUCGGUGAGGGGCCUUGCGUGCUGGGCAGGCCACGGCGUGGACUUGCUCUUGCCUCAGUGCAGCUGCCACCGUGCAUCCAUGACUGUGGCUCGGCUCAGGGCUGCACGCCUGCCUGCCUCCAGGAGACCGGCAGGGGCCCUGGCCCUCGGGCUUCUCAGUGAGCCUGCUCCUGCAGAAGGGAGCCGAGCCCUCGUUCCACAUCUGCCUGCUUUUCAGUGUGUGAGAAGGGGCUCAGGAGGAAGGUGCCGCGGGACCACGUGGCCUGCUCUGCCCGCAAGGCAGAGACCCGUGUGCUGGUAUCAGCGUCUGGUGCAGGGCAGGAGAACAGGCUCUCCCUGGGGUUCUCCCUCACCCAGUCUCUCUGUUGCUUACAGUCAGAGAACAGCGGCUCUGCAUCUGGAAAGAGGUCCCGGGGCCUUGGAACCAGGGCGGAUGGACUGUAUUCUACUCUGUCCCUCGAGACUGCUUAGUCCACAGACCUCGGGGUGUCUGGGCAAGGCCUGAGCUUGCCGUUGCCAGCUGGCGGGUUGGCAUCCCGUGGGGAGCCACGGCGAGGGGUGGGGCUUGGGCAGGCACUGUCUGGGCUGCGGGAUGUUUGGGGGUGGGGGCCCCAGUCCCUUGGAGAGCAGCCUGCUGUGGUCUGCAGGAGGAAGCUGCAGGCCAGAGACUUCGCAAAGGCUUCUCUGUAGAACUGUGGAAACACUGGGAGCCUUGGAAAGACUCUGAUAUUCUACGGAGACCCCGGCCAGGUGGCCUCGGGCACCUGCGGAGCCCAGGUGCGGAUCCUGGACUGGCUCCUCCUGCCUCGGGGGUCCUGCUCACAACAGCUGCUCCCGGGAGGAUGGAAGCUGCCCAGCGCAGUGUUUUCUUGCCGAAGCUGAAAAGUGUCCGAGUCUGCGCUGGCGUCACGUGCAUCUUCCUGUAUUUUGCAUGCAACAAGUACCGCUUCCCAUGCCUGCGGCCGACCCUGCACCUGCCUCGGGUGCUGAGGGAGGUUCCCUAAUAAACCACGGCUCGCUGA